AUGAACAACAUAGGGCCUGGCUUCGACCGCGAUCGAGCCGAACGAGAACGAGAGAAUGAUGAUCGGCGGAGGGCACAAGAAUCGUUACAGCAACAACAAGACCUCUUAGCACAACGUGAAAGGGAACAUAAUGAACGCCAGGAUCGUCAGGAACGCGAGAGGCAGCACCGAGACCACUUCCAGCCUGUCCCACCCCAUCAGAACGAUACUGCCUCGAUCCCAUUACAUCAACCUGUAGCUUCACGGUUGCCAGGUGCCAUCCAUAGUCCAGGUGGUUUGCUUGCAAAUCAUGGAGGUGCUCCUCCUCCUGGCCCUCUUGGUGCGCCGAGCGGUCCAGGAAAUGCCUUUGGAGGACCACUUCACAGUGACGCCAAUAGACCUCCUCAGCACAAUACAUCGAAUGCCGCUCCGAUACCACCCUUUGGCCCAGGUCUACUACAACUCAAUACAGGUCCGAAUCCACCAGCAGGCCCUCCUCAAGGCGGACCUCCCGGAUUCGGUGGACCAUUGCUACUUCAUUCACAGCAACAAGCGGCGCAACAAGCUCAGCAGCAGCAACAAGACGCGGCGAGAAUGCAAGGACUUUCGUUUGGAGCGCAGAUACCACAAGGACAUCAGAUGCCAGGUGCCCCAGCUUUGGGGCAAGGUGGACAGCAGCCUAUUCUGAAUGAUGCCUUGAGUUACUUGGAUCAAGUCAAGGUUCAGUUUGCGGACCAACCUGAUGUUUACAAUCGAUUUCUGGACAUCAUGAAAGAUUUUAAGAGUCAAGCUAUUGAUACUCCAGGGGUCAUCAAUCGCGUGUCCGAACUAUUCGCUGGCCAUCCGAACCUGAUACAAGGCUUCAACACGUUCCUACCACCUGGAUACCGUAUCGAGUGCGGUGCAGGAAAUGAUCCAAAUACCAUUCGAGUCACAACGCCCAUGGGAACUACAGUACAAUCGAUAACCGGCGCUGGACGCGCGUUACCAGAAGCAGUUAUGGGGCCAGGAAGUUCGAACAAUGGCUACUAUGGCGCACAGCGGCAUGGCAACUGGCAACAACAGCAGCCACAACACAGUAUCGAGAGUCCGGAGGCGGUUUUCAGUCCACAAAAUCAGAAUGUGACCCCGGCAUACGGUCAUGCUCAAAAUCAGAAUAAUGUCUAUGAGAACCAACAAGCUGCUGCUGCUGUGCACCACCAGCAACAAAGAGGAGUAUCACAACUUACGAACGCGGUAGCAACUUUGGGUCAACCUCCCAGGAAUGCACAAACUCCUACACCAGGUGCUCAAAUUAUGAAUGGUGCUGGUAUUCGAGAGAUGGAGAAACAGCGUGGAGGACCUGUUGAAUUCAACCAUGCCAUUAGUUACGUAAACAAGAUAAAGAAUCGAUUUCAGGACCGUCCAGAAAUUUACAAACAGUUCUUGGAAAUCCUACAAACUUAUCAGAGAGAAUCGAAGCCAAUACAAGACGUCUACGCCCAGGUUACACAUCUGUUCAACACAGCGCCAGAUCUCUUGGAGGACUUCAAACAGUUUCUACCGGAGUCUGCAGCGCAUGCUAAAGCGGCUGCUGCAAAGAUGGCAGCCGAGCAAGAAGCUGCCGCAGCCUUGUCUGCGAAUCAAACACCGCAGACGUCCUACGCAAGGGGUGAAGCAAAGCUGCCACCAGUAGGCAAUUUCGCAGUCCCGGCCAGCAGCACCAAGGAGAAUAAGAAACGCAACCGAAAUAAUCAGCAAGCACCUACUCCUCAGAUAACAAUGGCUGAAAAUUCCAGAACGGGCGGACUAGGUGGGCCAGGUAACAAGAGAGCAAAGUUAACCCACAACAAGCAAAAUGCACCGGAUGCGCCUGCCGUUUCGCCAACUCUGACACCAGUCCUUCCUGAACCUCUUCCUCCAACUUCAACAUCAGCUGCUUCAUCAGAGGAGCUCGCUUUCUUCGAUCGUGUCAAAAAAUACAUUGGUAACAAAUCCACCAUGAAUGAGUUCUUGAAGCUUUGCAACCUGUUUUCGCAGGAUCUUAUCGAUCGAAAUGUUCUCGUACAUAAAGUCAGCGCAUUCAUCGGUGGGAACCCUGAUUUGAUGAGUUGGUUUAGAUCGUUUGUUGGGUAUGAAGGUCAGGAUGAGGUUAUUGACAACAGACCAAAGCCGCCUACAGGUCGUGUCUCUUUGAGUAACUGCAGGGGUUUAGGUCCAAGUUAUCGUUUGCUACCAAGAAGGGUACGUACAUUAUUUCUUACUAUUCUAAUCCUUGUGCGGUCAUUGUUCGCUGGCUGGGAAACCAUGGUCUGGCAAAGUUGCUAUUGUUGCCAUUUGGUAUUGUCGAAUCUUCAGCUUCACUUUAAUGCGACAAUUUCGAAUUGCCACAUUAGCUUGAAUUCCAACAACUGGUCAAUAUUCGAAGACCGCGAGUACAGACACAUUCAUCGAACAUUGAUUUUACUUGUGUUCUUCACCAUGUAUUCACAAAAGAUUCCCAAUCCAGGAUUUGCUGCGGAGUGUCUCCUUCACGGCAAUUGUCUUGGCUUGGUAGACGAUUCCAACACCAACUACCUGUACAUACCACAUGGUCAAUGUAUCGUGCGCAACUACCAGGCAGCUAUGGCCUUGGUUGAGUCGAUUUCUUUAUCCGUGAAGCGCAAUAAGACCGAAGAGGAGGAACUGUUACAGAGCAAGCGCGCAAAAGCUGUAGCAAUUGCGGCUAAAUUGAAACCAUUGGUAGCAAGAGUUAACAAAUUCCAGGAACGUCUAAAACCUUGUAGCGGUCGAGACGAGAUGUGUAACGCUGUGUUAAAUGACGACUGGGCUUCCCACCCAACAUGGGCUUCAGAGGAUUCCGGCUUCGUUGCUCAUCGCAAAAAUGUCUUUGAAGAGGCACUUCACCGAAUCGAAGAGGAACGCCACGACUACGACUUCAAUAUCGAGGCCAACGCCAAGGUCAUCCAGCUUCUUGAACCUAUCGGCCAAACCCUCUUAUCUCUGAGCGCUGAAGAACGACGUGUUUUCCGUAUGCCGAUUGGCCUUGGUGGUCAGAGCCAGGCGAUCUACAAACGUGUGCUCAAGAAGAUCUAUGGGGAGCGAGGUCCUGAGGUCGCUUCCGAUCUCUUUAAGGAUCCAUGCGCAGUUCUGCCAAUCGUCUUGGCUCGAUUGAAGCAGAAGGAUGAAGAAUGGCGAUUUACCCAGCGCGAAUGGGAAAAGGUCUGGCACGCUCAAACAGAAUCUAUGUACCUCAAGAGUCUUGAUCACAUGGGCAUCCAAGCCAAGCAAUCCGACAAGAAACAUUUCGCCGCCAAACAUCUCGUCGAUGCCAUCAAAACCAAGCACGAAGAGCAGAGACGCCAACGCAGCCUCAAAGGCAGGGUACCGAAAUACCAGUUCUCCUACGAGUUUACAGAUCAGCAAGUCAUCACUGAUGUUGUACGAUUCAUGGUGCUCUAUGCCUCAAAUUCUACCCACCACAACAGCCACGAGCGCAAACGGAUUUCGGAUUUCUUUGAGAAGUUCGUUGGCAUAUUCUUUGAUGUUCCGCCAGAGGUUAUCGCAGAUAGUAUUGCCCACAUUGAUCGGGGGACGCCCGAUGAUGAGGAUGACGAUGCCACUCCGACUGAAUUGCCAAAUGGCGGUCGUGGUAGACGACAGGUCAACGGAAAGAAGAACGAUCUGCGACGAGGUGUGUUGGACAAGGGCCGAAAUGGCGUAAGAGGUCGUGCUCAAAAAGAGGGAAGUGCCACGGGCAGCAAGGAAUCAACACCGGAUGUUGAGUCUGUGGGCGAGGAAGAAUCUGCUGAGGCAGCUGAAGACCAAGCCGCCGGCGAAGUUACAAAUGACCGCUGGGCGACUGUACCACCUGGAGCUACAGCAGUGACUGGAUCACGAGAGAUGUCCGCUUCAGAUCUUAUGCUCAAGACCGACCAGCCAUAUAAGCGUAAUGACUACACGCUCUAUUGCAACCAGACAAUCUUUGUCUUUUUCAGCAUAUUCCAAACCCUCUAUCGCAGAUUGAAAGACAUCAAAGAGAGCGAGGAAGAAGCGAGAAAGGCAGGAGCUCGUGCUGCAGAGUUCAAACCAGCUCAAAGAAUUGGACUCCUUCCUCGUGGUGAGGACAAUGGUUUGCCAUCUUCAGAAGAGACAUAUUACUCCAAAGCAUUGAAUCUUAUUGAAGAAUACCUAAACGGCGAUGUUGAAGACGCAAAGUAUCACGACUGGCUUCGACGUCACUAUCUAAGCAAAGGGUGGACGCUGUAUACCAUCAUUGAUCUCUUGAAGACUCUUUGCCGGUUGGGCGCAACUUGCUCAAGUGUUGAUGCUAAGGAGAAGACGCCUGAUUUGAUUGAUCAAUUUUAUAUAAAUCGUCAAAAUCGCGAGACUACGUACAAUCUCGAAAUCAACAUGCGUAAGCAGGCAGAUAGGUAUAUCAAAGAUGGAGAUUUGUUCUCGAUUCGCUGGUAUCCCAAUAAGUCAGAAGCCACUGUCCAAUGGAUUAUGCGCGAUGAUACCACCUUUGAUCUCGAUGACAUGGAGCGUAUGGAGAAAUGGCAAUACUACACAUCUUCCUAUAUCCGCACCGAGCCUACCGAGGGCAUCCCACGUUCCCGUCUUCACAAGACCAUACUCACUCGCAACCGCGCAUCAGCAGACGCCCAUUUCGAAGAAGGCGGCGUUCUUCCAAAACCACUCGCAUACCAAGAAGAUCUCACCCUCCGCAUCUGCGUCAACACCUAUAAGAUGAUGUACAAGGCCGGCGGCUCUGAAUACUUCAUCUACACCGAUAAACCACUUUCCAUCGACCCAGAAACCAAAGUCAGCGCCGCCCGCGAACGACUCCAGAAGUUUGAGGAAGCUAGGUCUCAGCGCUUCAAGGAGAAAUUCGAGAAGAAUAACGCGUGGAUGAAGAACCUCAGCCAUGAUGAGGUGAGUAAGGUCAAUAUGGACUUUAAGAAGUGGACGGAGAAUGGCAUCGUUCCUGGGACUGAAGAGGUUGUCAAUGGGGAGGAUGUUGUUAUGGGAUCGUAG